CUCGGAUCGCUCCGCCGCAUUUCUGAUUCCACGACACGCUCGUCGCGACAAGCAUCGAGCAACACACAUCCACCCUCGCCGUUUCGCUUCUUCUUAGCACCUCCGCACCCUUUAUCAGCACGAAAUGACUGGAAGAGGCGCUGGCGGUGGUCGCCGGGUCUUGCUACCCCCAAUCAACUUUCUUUUCCGUCUCCUGCAACAGCGCACGACGGUCCAGAUCUGGCUUUACGAGCAGCUGUCGAUCCGUAUCAUUGGCACUAUUCGGGUAGGCAACCCGGCUACCGUUGUAAUUUGCAGAUGCUGAUUGGCCUUGCAGGGGUUCGAUGAGUUCAUGAAUCUUGUGGUGAGCAGCGCGAGACCGAGGUCGGGAAUGUUUUGUGCGUGGCUGACC